AUGGAGAGAGACGUGGCAAUUCAAUUGGGAAUCCUGAUCUUGACCGUGGCCAUCUUCUACGUCCUUCACACCCUCCCGAAGCGGGCCUUCUCAAAGCUCCGGUCCAGAGCCCGCCCCAACAACCAGGCUCACCGCCACUUCAUCCAAGGGGCCCAGCUCCUCGCCCGAGCCCGAUCUACCAAGACCAAGUCCACCUCCGUCAACCUCGCCAAAUCCGCCGUCGACGAGGCCGACAAGGCGCUCGCCCUCGACCCCCGCGAUCCGGCGGCGCACAUCCUCAAGGCCAUGGCAGAAACCCUCAUGGGCCGCAAGGCUUCCGCGCUCAAGUCGCUCGAUGUGGCGCUCUCGCCGCCGGCGGUGAAGAUGCUGUCGGAGAGGGAGAAGGGCGACGCCCUCAUGAGACGGGCCGACCUGCUCAUCGGCCUGAACCGGAAACGUCGGGUCGAUUCGGCCAUUGCGGAUUUGGUCGAAGCGGUCGGCCUCAGCCCGGAUAACUCUCGGGCUUUCUGCUUGUUGGGCCAUUGUUACCAAAUUAAGGAGAUGAGAGGGGAGGCCCAGACUGCUUUCCAGAAGGCGCUACAACUGGAGCCCGAUUUGAAGGAGGCCCAUGAUGGCUUGGCACGAUUGGCCUCUUAA